AAGGGUCAUCGAGUCCAUAUCAAACCCAAGCAACCACCUCAACACCACCGACUCUUCCUGCUCGAAGAACCUCUUCAACAUCAACCCCGGCACCCGCCCGGCCGAUAUCACCGCCGCCAAGUCCUUCGGCAGACUCUCCGACGCCUCGGCCAUGGCGGUGGAUGCAGCUUUUGAAACCCCGUCUCCUCCGUUUUACUCCCCUUCUUCCCAUUUCAGCCCGCAGCGCCACUUCUACCUCGCCGUCGACAGACACCAGUUCAAGAUGGAGACGUUGAUGGACUUAUUGGGCGUGGCGGGUGGGCGUCCUGGGUUGCCCAUGGUGGUCUGCUGCAGCUCACGUGACGAGCUCGACGCCGUUAGCUCCGCCGUCGCCAACGUCCCCUAUAUCUCUUUGGCUUCUCUGUACACUGACCUUGCUGAAGCAGACCGUUCUUUAAUAUUAGAGCAUUUUCGGCAAGCAACAAUGAGGUGGAACCCAGAAUUGAGUGCUCUAUCAGCAGUUGAUAAUGAGUCUGUGAAAGAUGAACAAAAAUCUCAUAUGAUAGUUGCAACAGAUGCAUGCCUUCCGCUGCUUGCUUCUGGGGAGUCACCUAUAGCUGCCCAUGUUCUUAUAAAUUAUGAGUUACCGACAAAGAAGGAAACAUAUAUAAGGCGUAUGACAACUUGUUUGGCUGCAGAUGGGAUUGUAAUCAACAUGGUCGUCGGGGGUGAGGUAGUAACUCUCAAAAGUCUUGAAGAAAGUAGCAACCUGGUCAUAGCUGAGAUGCCCAUACAUAUUUCUGAGAUCUUAUGAAGAAAUAUAAUGUGCUAUGCUGACAUGUCAGAGAAAUCAUUCCUUGUACUUUGCUGUGGUGGUCGAACCUAUCCCGGAUCGCAAGAAGAUAAACAGCCCCAAUCUUCUCUGCCCCAUAACCCUGAAAAAUCCCAAUUUAUCUAGCAAGGAAAUAGAAAGCCACAAUCUUUUUCUUCCUUUCUCUCUCCAGAAGAACCCUAGAAAAUCCCAAUUCCUAAAGCCCCAAUCUUUUCCUUCGAAUUGGGUGAUAUUGCUUUAGAGCUUUUGGGAGACAAUUUACCCUUAUUUCAUCGAAUGGAAUCCGAUCUGAAAACUUCCUCCUCCCCCUACAACCCUAGAAAAUCCCAAUUCUUAAAGCCCCAAUCUUUUCCUUCGAAUCGGGUGAUAUUGCUUUAGAGCUUUUGGGAGACAAUUUACCCGUUUCAUCAAAUGGAAUCCGAUCUGAAAACUUCCUCCCUAGAACCCUAGAAAAUCCCAAUUCGUACCUUGAAAUCCUACACUCUUGAAAAAGCACUUUUGAGAAUGGAAGCACUUCUGCGUUUGAUAGUUACUAGUAUUUGGACUUCUGUGUUUUGAUCACUUCUGCGUUUUGUUUGUUGGGUUUGAUUCAAAAUCAUUACUUUUUCUUUGUUUAUUUUCAUGAUUAGCAUGACGGAGGAUGAACAGACGCUGUUUUACUGUCUUAUUAGAUUUGGUGCUUCAUAUGCAGAUAAUAUUUUUGUGA